AUGGUGCAGGAAAGCAUAACCGCCAAAGUGCGGCCGCUUUCCCACCCGGGACUGGAGAAAAAAAACCUUCUCGGCGCCGCCCGCCUCUACGUGAGCAAGGACACGCUCAUUGCCUUGACAAACGGCCUGGAGAGCAACAAGCCCUGCGUGGUGGAACAGCUGUUGCUGCCCGACGACGCCGAUGCGUCCGACACGGAGAAGCCGAUCCGGCGGGAGGCCUCGCUGUGCGUGCUCCCGGAGAAGAACCUCAGCCCAAACGUGGUCAUGAUGACCCGCGCCUUUCAGGACGCCACGGGGUUCCGCAUCGGUGACCAGGUGCGCAUCGCGCUGCGCAAGACGAUGCCGGAUGUGAACGAGGUGGUUGUGCGAGAUGUGGAUGAGGAGGCGAAGGGUGGUGCGAAACCGGCGCUGUAUCCCAUUGACUGGAGGGUCAUUCUGGCCGAUGCCAUGAUUUGUGGUGCAGGCGACGCAGAGCAGUUAUUUCCAGGCAUGGUCUUUGAAGGUGUGCAGAUUAACAAGACGCGCCGCAGCUUCAAAGUCGUCCGCGUCAACGGCCAGAGCCACAACCUGUGCCGCUUCCGCGCCGCCACCAGCGCCAUCCGCAUCCUCCAGCCCGGCGAGGCCGACACUUCUGCCGUAACGACCGACGCCGGCAGCACGCCGCCCACCAAAGAGCUCAUCGUCACGGGCAUCCCCGGCCUCGGCGACCAGCUCAUCCAGCUCAACCGCUUCCUCCGUGCCUUUAGCCGUCCCUUUCGGAUCCGCGACGCGGAGCUGUCGUGCGCCUUUGUGGUGCACGGCGGCCGCGGCACAGGCAAGACACUGAUCCUGCAGCAGCUGGCCGCAACCGGCUGGGCCGACGACGUGCACUGGAUCCGGUCCUCGUGGAAAUCCACUGCCAUCCGGGAGACGUUCAAGCAGGCCUCGGCCAGCGGCCGGCCCACCCUGGUGCUGCUCGACGAGCUCGAGGAGCUCCUCGCCAAGGACCGCGCGAACCACGACGUCGUCGUUGAGGCGCUCUCCGAGGAGCUUGACGCGCUCGCCGCGCGCGCCGCGACGCAGCAGCGCCUGCCCCCUGUCGUCGUCGUCGCCGCCUGCCUCGACUACGCCGCCGACGUGCCGCCCCGGCUGCAGAAGCUGACGCGCCUGCACAAGCAUGUCGCGCUGCGGUUGCCGCGCGCGCCGGAGCGCCGCCAGAUCUUGGAUGCGCUGGACCUUCCGCUGCGGGCGGAGGAGCGCGAGGCCUGCCUUGAGAGUGUGGCCGCGCGCACGCACGCGUACAACGGCCACGACCUCUGUUCUCUGGUGCAGGCCGCCAAGGGGUUUUCCGACGACCGCUUUGAUGCCGAGGCGGACGCCGUGGUGCCGCAGCAGGCAGGAGAGAAGACAACCGGAGAGGCGGCGAAGCGGGAAUACUACAUGGAAGUAUCCGACAUGGAGCAGGCGCUGUGUGUGACGAGACCAAAGGCCAUGCACGAUAUCAAUCUCAACCCGCCGACUGUCCACUGGCAGGACAUUGGCGGCCAGGAUGACCUGAAAAAGGUUCUAUCCCGUAUGAUCAAGAACACAAGGUCCACCAACCCCAACAGCAGAAAGGUCCUGCAGUCCCCGCACAAGGGCCUCCUGCUCUACGGCCCCCCCGGCUGCUCCAAGACGCUAUCCGCGCAGGCCAUGGCGACCGAGUCCUCGUUCAACUUCUUCGCCGUCAAGGGUGCCGAGCUGCUCAACAUGUAUGUCGGCGAGUCGGAGCGCGCCGUGCGGACCCUCUUUGAGCGCGCGCGCGCCGCCUCGCCCUCCAUCAUCUUCUUUGACGAGAUCGACUCCAUCGGCGGGCAGCGCGACGGCGGCGCCGGCGCCGGCGGCAGCCGCAGCAACACGUCCGUCAACAUACUGACGGCGCUGCUGACCGAGAUGGACGGCUUCGAGAGCCUCGGCGGCGUGCUCGUGCUCGCGGCCACGAACCGGCCCGAGGCCAUGGACCCGGCGCUGCUGCGCCCCGGCCGCUUCGACCAGGUCGUCUACGUCGGGCCGCCCGACGAGGACGCGCGCGCCGCCGUCUUUGCCGUGCACCUGCGCGGCCUGGCGGUCGCCGGCGACGUCGACGUGCGCCGCCUGGCCCGCCUGGCCGAGGGCUACUCCGGGGCUGAGAUCAAGGCGAUUUGCGUCGAGGCCGGCACGGCCGUGUUUGAGCGCUACGAGGACACGGAUGGCGCGGCGCCCCUGGAGAUUGCCAUGGCGGACUUGGAGACGGCGAUUGAUAAGACGCCGAGGAAUAUCACGCAGUUUAUGACGGAUACGUACAAGGCGUGGUCGCAGCAGUUUAGAAGGAAAUGA